GUCGACUGGACCGGUUGGGAUAAUACAGACCCGAUAUAAAUGGAUAGGAAAUCCUAACAUAAGAUGACUUGCAUACUUUUCCAAUCACUACCAUACAGUGUCUUAAAAGAGCCAUUUGUACUUCAAAGAGUUCUCAGUUCCAACUCCAAAAAUUAGUCCAUGAAAAUGCAGAAACAAAUGUUGGAAACACAUUUCGAGUCCGAAUUUUGCUGGUUCGAUGAUGCCUGCAUUCUCGACAUCGAUAAUUUCGUCAAGAGACUCUCCAGCAUUAAGGAAAAAGGGGUGAGGCCAGAUUUAAUUGGUUCAAUCAUAACACAUUAUGCUUCCAAAUGGCUUCCCGACCUGUUGGACGGGGACGGUAAAAAAAUGAUUCCGAAUGCCGAGGAGUCCCCCGAGAGUAUCACCACUUCAUGGAUGAAGAAAAGGUUCUUUGUUGAAACUCUAGUGGGAAUUCUUCCUCCUGAGAAGGAAUCAAUUCCUUGCAACUUCUUGCUAAGGCUACUACGCAUUGCUAGCAUGGUUUGCGUCGAGCCUGCUUAUCGUGCUGAGCUUGAAAAGCGUGUUUCAUGGCAACUCGACCAGGCUUCCUUGAGUGAACUGAUGAUACCAUCAUUUAGUCACACUUGUACAACCCUGCUAGAUGUUGAACUUGUUCUUCGACUGGUGAGGAGCUUCAUGAAUUUGGAUGAAGCUGUAAGAAGUGGAGCUGCCCUUAUUAAAGUCACGAAACUGGUGGAUUGUUACCUUGCAGAAGCGGCCGUUGAUUCCAAUUUGACAUCGUCCGAAUUUGUUGCUCUUGCUAGCGAGGUUCCAAGUCAUGCUCGUGCCAUGGAAGAUGGAUUGUAUCGUGCCAUUGAUACCUACCUCAAAGCACAUCCAGGGGUGUCAAAGAAAGAGAGAAACAGGCUUUGUAAGCUAAUUGAUAGCAGAAAACUGUCAUUAGAGGCAUCCAUUCAUGCAGCUCAAAACGAGCGAUUGCCUGUUCGAACUGUAGUUCAAGUGCUCUUUUCAGAGCAAAACAAGCUCAAUAAGCAGAUUCUUGAUUUCAGUGGCCCUUUCAGUGGCAUGCUUAGUCCAAACAUCGCACUAGAUGCCUCGUCCCGGUGCUUGUCAAAGCGCGAAAUAAAUGUGCAACAGAUGGAAAUAAAGAGGUUGAAAGAAGAUGUACUAAGGCUACAGAGCCAUUGCAUGGCACUGGAAGGAAAGAUUGAUAAGCUAAUGGAGAAAAAGAAAGGAUUUCUCGUUUGGAGGAAGUUUGGAAUUCCAACACUUAGGGGAAACAGGAAUGAAGACGUUGAAAGAGAAGCCGAGGUUGGAAUAGGGCUAAAAACUCCGUUACAGAUGAAAACAAGGCUCGUAAACACUAAAAAUGCUAACAAAUGGAGGAAAUCAUUGUCGUGAUCGAGCUUGAUGAAGGGAAAAAAUUGCUGCUCGACUCUUUGAUCUACAGGAGUGAUAUCCAUUCUCUGACCCCUAUUGUCCAACUUGAGAACAAACAUAUCCGAAUAUAUAUAUAUAUAUAUAUAUAGCUGUAAAAGCAAGACAUGCAAGUGAUACUGACUUUUGUAAUUUUCCCUUUAAAUAGGAUCAAAUUUGUAUCAUACUCUCUAUCUUAUUAAUUAUGCCUUGUAAUUUUCCAUUAAAUCAAUUCAUAUUGCAGGCGAAACUCAUCAUA